UUAAGAUUUUCGAUAACGAAACAGGGCCGUAUAUGUAGUUUCACGGCCUUUUGUAUCGGACGAUCUGCUCGUGAAGUAAAGGCUAAGAAAUGCCACCCAAGCAAGAUCAGAAGAAGAAAGAUACUAAAGGAACAACUAAGAAGAAGGAAGGAGCCUCUUCUGGAGGAAAAGCAAAAAAGAAGAAGUGGUCUAAAGGAAAAGUUCGUGAUAAAUUGAACAAUUUAGUAUUGUUUGAUAAAGCAACUUAUGAAAAAUUAUUAAAGGAGGUUCCGAGUUAUAAACUGAUUACGCCAUCAGUUGUUUCCGAAAGACUGAAGGUUCGGGGAUCACUCGCUCGGAGAGCCUUGGAAGAAUUAAGGCAAAAAGGUCUUAUCAAACAAGUGGUAAAACAUCACAGCCAGAUAAUAUACACAAGAACAACAAAGGCCGACGAUAGCACAUAAAUAUUAAUGUGUAUUCUAUAAUGUAAUAAAGGAACAAUUUGUUCAUUUCUGA